AACCACCCAGCUGCUCCAUCCAUCCCAUCCGCACACCACGUGACCCACUUCUCCCAUGUCCUUCAGUACUUCAUUCAGCAUGAUGGCUGCGGAUGCUGCGGAUGCUCUCUGCUGCAUCCUGCAUCCGCGCCGGCUCUCCCUCCUUCUCCUCACUGUCACCCUCUCCUCCCUGCCGGCACCGACAGCGGCGCUGCUCGGCGUCCGGCCCGAAGACACGCAGAGCGGAGAGCUGUCCGUGCAGGAUGGGAUACUGAGAGCCACCGAGGGGACCCGCUUCAUGCUGAGGGUUUACUACUCCGCAUCCCCAGCUACCGAGCAUCCCAACAGCCAGAACGGCAGCGGCAGACCCGACGGAGCACCUGCCGCUCCGUGGAUCGCCUUCAUAGAGGAGCCAGGUGAGGACAGCGGGGAUGCCGAGAGGCGGCAGCGCUCCAGAGGAAACCCUUGCGAGGAAGAGAAUGCCCGGAGCUCUGACAUCGAGCUGCUGGGCUCUUUCAGGUCCACCUCAAGUCACAACUCCGUUUUGGUGGAGCUGCUCGCCAAAGACCUGCGCAGAGACGAGGUGAUCAAAUACUACUCCAUGUGCGCCUUUGAUGGAGUAAAAUGGGAGCAUUUCAGCACCAAAGACUUCUGGCUGGCGGUGGUGGAGAGACCCCCGGAGGCAGAUGUUUGGCUCCAGGCGGGGGUCUCGGUGCUACUGUUGGGACUAUCUGCGCUCUGCAGCGGGCUGAACAUCAGCAUGUUGGCCCUGGACCCCGUGGAGCUGCGGGUCCUCCAGAACAGUGGAACUGAGAAGGAACAGAAAUACGCACGGAAAAUCGAGUCCGUGCGUAAACACGGAAACUACAUCCUUUGCACUGUGGUGCUGGGCAACGUGCUUACAAACACAUGCUUCGUGGUGUGGAUGUGCCAGAUUUUAGGAAUGACUGCUCUAUCAACUGCCUCAUGCACUUUGGGGAUAUUCUUUAUUGGAGAGAUUUUACCUCACUCCGUGGCGUCCAGGCACAGCCUCGCCAUCGCCUCCAAGACGCUCUGCGCCACCCGCCUGCUCAUGCUGGUGUUCUUCCCCAUCGCCUACCCGGUCUCCAAGAUCCUGGACAUCAUGCUGCACCAGGAGAUCAGCAGCUUCUACACCAGGGAGAAGCUGGUGGCCAUGCUGCGCGUCACAGACCCCUACCACGACUUGGUCAAAGAGGAGCUCAACAUUAUCCAGGGCGCGCUGGAGCUGAGGACCAAGACCGUAGAGGACGUGCUGACCCCGCUGUCAGACUGCUACAUGCUGUCAUCGGAUGCCGUGCUGGACUUCUGCACCAUGUCAGACGUGAUGCAGAGCGGUUUCACACGCAUCCCGGUGUACGAGAACGAUAGGUCCAACAUAGUGGACAUCCUGUUUGUAAAAGACUUGGCCUUCGUGGAUCCCGAUGACUGCACUCCUCUGAAAACAAUCACUCAGUUUUACAAGCAUCCCAUGCACUGCGUCUUCAGUGACACCAAGCUGGAUGUGAUGCUGGAGGAAUUCAAGAGAGGUAAAUCCCACCUGGCUGUGGUGCAGAGGGUGAACAGCGAAGGGGAGGGAGACCCCUUCUAUGAAGUGAUGGGCAUCGUCACCCUGGAGGAUGUCAUAGAGGAGAUCAUCAAGUCUGAGAUCGUGGACGAGACAGACCUGUACACUGAUAACCGGACCAAAAGGCGAGUGUCCAACCACGAACGGAAACAGCAGGACUUCUCCAUCUUCAAAUUGGCAGAAAAUGAGCUGAAGGUGAAGAUCUCGCCCCAGCUGCUGCUCGCAACACACCGCUUCUUGGCAACAGAGGUGGAGCCUUUUAGGUCGUGUCACCUGUCAGAAAAAAUUUUGCUGCGUCUCAUCAAGCAUCCCAGCGUUGUGCAGGAACUCAAAUUCAACCCCAAGAGCAAACACGCUCCUCAACACUACCUCUUCCAGAGAAACAAACCUGUUGACUACUUCAUCCUGAUCCUGCAGGGACGGGUGGAGGUAGAGAUAGGAAAGGAGGCUCUUCGGUUCGAAAAUGGAGCGUUUUCCUAUUAUGGGAUGCCAGCGCUCAUUCCACCCCUGCCUUUUGGUCAGAGGUUCAGCUCUCGAGGCAGCGGUCUGAACCAGUCGGAUUCAUUACUGAGUGGAGGCAGCGUGGGGCAGCUCGCUGCAGGAGGAGGCGUCUAUUUACCAGACUACUCAGUCCGGCAGCUCACAGACCUGCAGAUCAUCAAGAUCACUCGGAACCACUACCAGAACGCCAUGACGGCCACCAGGAUGGACAGCUCCCCUCAGACGCCGGACCCCGUGGAUGCCGACGCUAAAGGGAGGCCUCCGGUCCCAGAGGCUCGCUCACACAGCAUCGCCCUCCCCCUCACCCACACCCACACCCGUCUGGGGCUGGCACGCCUCGCACACCUCCACCCCCACGGUGGCCUUCGCAACACCUCCCAGCUCAACGAGAGGAACCGUAUCGUUCGCAGUAAAUCUGAUGGACAGAGGAGCCCAAAUGAUACUGUGUUCCUUCGCAUGGAUGAGAUUCCCUACAUCCACGAGGACCGACCAGAAAGUUAUGGAGAGAACGAUGUGCCUACGGUUUCCCAGCCAUCCACCUCCCCUCUCAUCAGCUCUUUGUCUCUGUCCAGCUCCGAGGAGAACAUCGGAAAGAAGCUAUUGCGUAAAUUAAGUAACAAGAGGAGGAAAAAGUCUCGGGAUGGAGAAAAGAGUUUGGAGGAAGGUUCAGAGCAGCCGCCGGUGACGAGCUAGCACAGUGACACUAAGGAAGAGGGAUGAAGCACACGUCCUCUUCCUCUUUAUCAUCCUCACUAUUAGCCACCACCGCUCCAUCAAUCCACCUAUUCCCUUUGAGAGAUGGAGCCAUCCUAUCUGCCGUAGCCAUUGAUGAUACUCAGGACCCCGCUGACACACUUGGGCCCUCUCCUGCCUGACUUGCUUGGAAAAAUUGGACAAAUCUAAACAACAGUAUUGGAUUUAUCCAGCCUUAUACUGGACUGUAGGUUUUAGCCACAUUUGUUUAGUGCUACCUUUGUCCAUGUUACCUUUUUGUGGUUUCCAUAACAUUUAAUCGUCACAUUUGAGCCAUAAUGCGUCACUGAAAUCUCUCAAAUGGAAGCCAACAAGGUCCUUAGAUUAUUACAUCUGAGCCAGCUUUGACCUUUUACUUGAUCAAGCAAUUAAUUGUUAAUAUAAGGCAGUUCCCACAUACUGAAAAUGUUGUUUGCACAGGGAACUGGCCAAAUGUUGCCAUUAUGGUGCCACCUACUGCCGACACGAAGCAGCACACUAGCCAUUGAACAAGAAGAAAAAGCCACCAGAUAAGAGCACAAUUUUUACAAGAGAUUAACAAAUGAUUUUUUUUUUUUAAAGCCAUAAAUUAACUCUCACCUUGAAUGACUGCUUGUUGUAUCCACUGACCACUCAGCAACUGCACAGUUUUGAAAAUGACAACCCUUAAACGUACCUGAUUUUUUAUAUGGAAGUGUCAGGAUUACAAAAAAUAAUUUAAAAAGAGCAAUAUAAGUCAUCUUAAAGGCAUGUUUCCUGCAUCUGUUUUCUACGUUCUCUCAUUAAAAUGUAGCUGCAUAGAUACAAUUUGAGCAUUUCUAUCCAACCAACACCUUCACCUGUUUGUCUUUUUUCUUGGUGUUAUCAGCUUUAACAUUAAUCUGUUGUUCGAUUGUGUUCACCAGAACACUGUUGGUGAAUUUCAUUAGUGAGUUUUCAUGUACAGUUCAUCUCUCACAGGGUCAGUCACUAAAGCUGCAUACACCAAUUUUAAAUAAGCUAGGGGUUUUGGGGUUUUGGAUCUUAGGGUCUAGGGAUCCAAAUGGAUAUUCUUGAAGAAGUAGAUGCUACUUUGCAUGUUUGUUGAUGCUGCUUUUACUGUAGAAUUAUCCCUGUUGCACCCUGUUUUUACCAUAUGCAUGCUUAUAUAAAAGGAUGCAUGAAUAGGAUAUCAGUCUGCAGUACCUUCUCCCCGCUGAGGUGCAGUCUGUGACUUUCUGAAAUCCUAAGUAGGUUUUAAAUUGAAUCUCACACAGGCAGCAGUCUGAGGUUGACGAGAAAAUGGCCAUAAAUGCUGCCCGAUUACAGAGAAACACAAAGCAAGGCUGCAGACUACAUUAAAGGUAGUUUUAAAGUAUUAACAGUUGCUAAUAAGGCACAGGAAUGCUGCUCACUGAAGGAAAAUUUGAAGCCAUUGUUCGAGAAAUCAUCUUGAACUGCAAUAAUGAAAUAAUGAUUUGAUCCUUUUUAUAAUGCGAGGUAGUCCCUUGUGGACUGUGCUGGUCUGCAUUGUGAAAUCUUGGCACUGCUGAACAGACAGAAAGAGACAGAGAUAUGAAAAACGAAAGCAAUAUGACACACACUGACGUCAAGCCACCACCUCCCUCCAAGCGCACACACGCACACACACACACACACGCACACACACGCACACGCACACACAGGUGAUGUUUGUGGACACUCAGUGAUUUAAUUCAUUCUGCCUGGUAAGGCCAUGUAAGUACAAAGGAUACUGCACUGGUAAGCUAUUUACGGCGACCCCCGCCAUAUACAAAGAACACGCAAUAGGAAGCCUUUUCAUCUGACGUCUAACUCUGAGUAAGAGGAUUUGUGUGAAUCACAAACUCUCAGCAGAAUGCUUUUAGAGAAUUUACAUUACUUUAUAUUUGUGAAGACUGAUGUUUGUUUGGGGUAAAUAAGCAAAGUUAGAUUUUCUAAUGUAAACGCAGAUGAUUAUAUAAGUAGGUUACCCAAAGAUAUCAAGAAAUAGAUCAUAUGUUCUACACAAGGGAUAAUUAAAUUAUUAAUAAAGUUACUGAACUACUA